AUGGAACUAGUAGACGCAAAAGCAGAAAAAGAAGAAAAGGAAAGGCUUAAAAAAAUAAAGCUGAAACUGAAAAAAGAAAAUCAGCGUAACAAGAGGAAUGAUGGAAGCAAAGAAAAAUUUAAAGGAAACCAGAAAACGAAAUCAAAAUCAGGGAAGCGUGCUUUAUUUAAUGAGUCAAAUAGUGACGUGAGUGAUACUGAUUGCCUUUUCUGCGAGGAUUCUAAGUCAAGGGAAAAUGAAGGAUGGAUAAAGUGUUCGGUAGAUGUUGGUAGGGUUAGGGUAAAAAAUAUGUAUCUAAAAAAUUUACCGAGGAAAACUGAAAAUUAA